AUGAAUAAUACUUUGAAAUAUGUCCAUCUUUCAAAAUUCAAAUCAACUUAUAUCAUAUUAAUAUUAGGCUUUGCAAGUAUUCUAGCUAUGGUUAGAACCUUUGAACUUUAGAAGCCUUUACUUUCAAAUGAAAAGUCAAAUUUAUUGAUGAAAAAGUACUCAUUCGAUGACUCAAGCAGCAGCAUGAAUUGCUAUAAUUAGAUUUUGAAUUACACAACCAAUUUCUUGAAGGAGCCAUUCAGUUUGAUAAACAUGGCAUAAUCAAGAGAUUUCUUUGAAGUUGGAUCCCCUGAAAUCUGUGAGGAGUUCAGUGAAUUCGGAAGAGUAAUAUCGCUCAAAUAAGAAGUGAAAGGCUAGCCAGGGUCAUUUAAGCAAUACUUUUGUGUGCCCAAGGAGUGUGAUUAAAAUCUUGCGAUUAAAAUAAAUAGAAUUAUGAAAAGAUUAAGUCCUAUAGCCUGUAAGAAGAGCUAGUACAAUGUUGGCAAUAAUGCUAAUAACUCUUAAAAUUCGUGUAUUUUUACAGCUGAGUAUCCGGAGGAUUAACUUAAACAGUAAAAGGAUGACAUUCAAAGUGGAUUUUUAGUUUGGAUUAUUGUAAUAUGUUCUUACUCUACCUUGGUGCUGGUGAGCACUUUCUAUGAUAUGAUAAUAAGAUUUAGAAAUGAAAAACUUAGCUUAGAAAAGCUGAAGGAUCUCUAGCAGAGUUUACAGCAAAAAGACUCUUUGAAUAAGACUAUUUUACAGCUGCUUCAAGAAAGUAAUUAAGAAAAUGUAACUGAUAUACUUGGGGACCACAAUGAAACAUAAGGUACAGAGGAUCUGGACUAAGGAUAAACAAGAAGUUCAGGAUAAAUCAUUUCGAAUAGAACUAACCAAUAAAACAGCGGCAAGAAACAAACUAAUACUAUGGGAUUCAGCGCUUUAGGCAGAUUUUGGAAUCAUAGAUCAUCUGAGUCAGCUUAGUCGAAAGUUAACAUUCAUGACAACUCAAACAAUGCCAGCUUUUUCAAGUAAAGUUAUGCUAUUAAUGGCGAAAGUACACCAUAAAAAGCUCCUAGUAUUUCUAACUUCCUAACAGAAUAGUAAUCAAUGAGUGGUGAAAUUUCAUACAAAUUUAUUCAUGAUAGAAAAAAUCACUCCUACCUAACCUUGCUUUCUUUAGGUAGAAAUUUCGACAUUUUUUUCGCUGAAAGGACAUUAGAUGAGCAGGAGUUAAACAUUCUAGAUGGACUUAAGGUAUUAGUCUUUCUUUGGAUUUGGAUAGUACAAUCAAUCACGAUGAAUCUUGAUAAGUAAAUCAUGAAUAAAUGGAGGUUGACUGAUUGGAGUACUUAGAGUAAUAUUUUGCUAGGAUUAGCUGCUUCAUCAUAAAUUGGCAUUGAUGUGUUUUACAUACUCUCAGCCUUCUUUAUGACUUAUAAAAUCAUCAGAAUAGCUAAAGAAUAUAAUGGGAUUAGUUUAUCUAUACUUUUGUAAGUUUACAUUCAGAGACUAAUUAGGAUUCUUCCAGUUUAUUGGUUCUUAUUUAUCACGUCGUGGAUUCUAUUAUGGCACUUAGAAGAGUCAAAUGUGAAAAAUUCAUUGAAGUUAAAUUAUGAAAAUUGCUCUGAUUAUUGGUGGACUAUUUUUGUAACUAUAAAUAAUCUAGUACCAUAAGAAACAGAUUAAAAAUGCUUUUACUGGGGAUCCUUUAUCUCCACUGAGCUAUAAUUAUUUACCUUUUUACCAAUAAUCAUGAUUCUUUACACCAAAUUCUCAAGAGUUACAGUUUUCAUUUUACUAAUUUUACUUACCCUAGCUACAAUCUUAAAUUUCAACUUAUUCUUUGUUGGUGAUUACAAACUUGGGUAUUAAUAUUUAGCAGAUAUAAAUAUUGCAAAGGAAUAUGGAAUAUCACCAUUCACCAGGAUAGAUAGUUAUAUAUUUGGAAUACUAGUGGCUUUUGUUUAUGAAUAGAUCAUUUGGUUUCAGUUAGAAGCGAGAGCAAGGGAAAAACAGCAAUAUUUUAUGUUGAAUCAAUUGCAUAUUUCACAUGUUGCUCCAUUUUUCCUUAUUAUAUCAAGCUUUGUUUUCUUUCUUUUACACGUAAUAUUUUACUUCAAUAUUAAUUGGAGCAGCAGCUCUGAUUAAUACACCAGAGAUAAUCGGAUUAUAAAUUCAGUGCUUAUGGCUAUUGGAAAGAUAUUUUUCUUUAUAAGUUUAUUGCAAUUUAUGACUUAUAUCUUUGUAUACAAGAGUAGACUACUUCAGCAUUUCUUAGGAUCAUAUUUCUUUCAAGGUUUAUCGAAACUUAUAUUAGGAGCUUACUUGGUUAUGCCUAUCAUAACAAAGAGUUACUUAUCAUUGACAUAUCAGACCACAGUAAUGACAUCAACAUUGAUUAUUUAUCAGUAUUCUUUGAUAGUAAUCGUUUGCUUUGGAAUAUCAUUAUUAACCUUCAUCAUGAUUGAGUAGCCUAUUGGUGAUCUACUUAGAUUAUUAACCCAUGAUAUGAUAAGAAUAUGCUCCAGGAAAUAAUCAAAUGAGUCUUGA